CCACGCCCUGACCGAUCUCGGCAAAGCAGCCUCGUCAGUCUCGCGGGCACCAAGGGUGUGGGCUGGGGAAAGCAGAGAGCCGGCUGGCCAGAUCGCAGCUCUAAUCCGAGGGCGACGCGGCUGCCCUUCUUUCCUCCCCUCUCUCGUGCAGGAAGCGAGCUGGAGGAGAAGGCGGGAGCCGCGCGGCGCGAGCCAUGGCUGAGGGGCAGCAGGUUGUCUCCGCCACAGACGCCUGGGAAAUCGACGUGGAGAGCCUGGAGGAACUGGACGAGCUGGAGCGGCCGCUGCCAGCGCAGCGCGCGCCCCGACUACAGGCUGGCGGAGACGACGAGGAGGAAGACGACGAGGACGACGAGGACGAGGAGUGCGAAGAGGACGAAGCCGACGCGGGGGCAGCGGGCGAGGUUCUCCGGCAGCCUGCGCUGCCGCAGCCGCAGCUUGUCUCGGCGGCGACGCCGGACGACGAGGACGACGAGGACGAGGAGUGCGAAGAGGACGAAGCCGACGCGGGGGCAGCGGGCGAGGUUCUCCGGCAGCCUGCGCUGCCGCAGCCGCAGCUUGUCUCGUCGGCGACGCCGGCGGAGGAGAGAGGCGUAGGGGCCGGGGAGCAGCCGAUCCGCAAGCUUAGCCGCACGCCCAAAUGCGCGCGCUGCCGCAACCACGGCGUGGUGUCCUGCCUGAAAGGCCACAAGCGCUUCUGCCGCUGGCGGGACUGCCAGUGUGCCAACUGCCUGCUGGUGGUGGAGCGGCAGCGCGUCAUGGCUGCCCAGGUGGCGCUUCGCAGGCAGCAGGCCACCGAGGAUAAGAAGGGGCAUACAGGGAAACAGGCUAAUUUUGAGCGCAGAACAGUGUACCAGAGACAUGUUCGGACACCUAGUUUGCUGGCUAAAAGCAUUUUAGAAGGUUAUCGUCCCAUUCCAGCAGAACCUUACCUUGGAGGGAAUUCAUCCUUGCCACCUCCUGUUAGCGACAGAAUGAGAAAAAGACGGGCUUUUGCUGACAAAGAACUUGAGAACAUAAUGCUUGAACGGGAGUAUAAGGAACGAGAAAUGAUGGAAGCCACCCAGGCUGCUGCCUUCUUCCUGCCAAACCGCAUGGUACAUGGGACUGAGUACAAUUCUUACAAAACUUUUAACCCUCAUCAACUUGAAGCUACCAGUAAGGAGUUUUGUGGCUUCCUGCCUACGUGCUUAGAUCUAACUAUGCAGUAUUCAGGUUCAGGGAACAUGGAAUUGAUUUCAUCAAAUUUGAGUGUGGCUACCACCUACAGGCAGUAUCCUUUGCCCUCGAGAUUUUUGGUAUGGCCGAAGUGUGGCCCUCUCAAUGAUGCCCUCCUCUAUCAGCAAUGCCUUCUAAAUGCCACCGCAGUCCAGUCUCUCAAGCCUGGAAUCGUCUGGGACAAUAAGGCUUCACACAGCCAGGAUUUCCCCACCUCUGAACAUGACAUCACAUUGUCAAAAAAUGAGAACACGUUCCACCAUCCUCAUGUUCAAGAACUUGAGACACCCCAAAAUGAACUCCAAAACAUCCCUCAGGAGUCUCAUGAGAGGUCAGCAUUUUCAUCCCCUAGGAGGACUUUCUCACAGAUCUCUGGCAAGGAUCCUGUAGUUCCUCAGGAUCAAUCCCUCAACAAGAUCAGCAAAGAGCAUCUGCUCCUGCCAUCCUUAUCCAAAUACAGUCCAUUCCAUUCCUUAUUCCAACAGACACUUCAUAGCAAAUCAGGAUCAGAGUUAAAAACCACUUUUGACGGGGCAUCCAAGAAGUACAGAGAGUGUACCUUCAGAGAAAACCAAAAGUACAAAUUCAGCAUUGACAGAUAUGCAAAAGACUUUCUGGGGACUAAACAAGCUGUAACAAAAUUAUCAGCAAAUGAACCAUUACCGUUUUCUGUUGAAUCAAUUCUUAAACGACCAUCUUCAAUGGUCACCAAUGUUUCUCAAUAGGCUGACAAUAUGAUCUUUAAAAGACUUAAACAACUGUAUUGGUACUUUAACCAAAUGUGCCAAGAAAUAAGUCCCUUUGAAUUCAUUAGAGCUUGCUUCUGCUAGGCACUUUGUCUAACAUACACUUGGAAGAAGUUCUUCAGAUUUUGUUGAAAUUGAUUUCCAGUAAACAGUCUUUGAGCUACAACACAUUGCAGACAUCAGUUGACUUCAGAGUGGCUGAUUAUAUUAAGCACAGCUGCCCUUUCUUCAGAAUUGACUAUUCCACAACUUUAAUGUAAUAGUUAUUGAUAUGCUGUCUGACAAGCUCAUCUCCACUGCCUUAUGCCACCAUAACUUUGGAAAAAAGAAUUUCAGAUGUAAA